AUAUUGCUGUCGUAGAGAUGAGUGAUGCCUUCCGUCAGCCUUCUCUGUUCUACCACCUGGGAGUCAGGGAGAGCUUCAGCAUGGCUAACAACAUUAUCCUCUACUGUGAUACAAAUGCGGAGUCUCUGCAGUCACUGAAGGUAUACUGCUGUGACAGCAGUUUUAUGAAGGGACUAACAGAACUGAUGCAGCCCAGUUUUGAGUCGCUGCUUGGGCCUAUAUGCUUACCUCUGGUGGAUCGAUUUAUUCAGCUCUUGAAGGUGGCACAGGCCAGCUCGAGCCAGUAUUUCCGGGAAUCCAUUCUGAAUGACAUCAGGAAGGCCCGUACCCUAUACACAGGCAAAGAGCUUGCAGCAGAGCUGGCAAGGAUUCGCCAGCGAGUGGAUAAUGUUGAAGUCUUGUCUGCUGACAUUGUAAUAAACUUGCUGCUGUCCUACAGAGACAUCCAGGAUUACGAUUCCAUUGUGAAACUGGUGAAAACUUUAGAAAAACUGCCUACUUUUGACUUGGCUUCCCACCACCAUGUGAGGUUUCAUUAUGCAUUUGCGCUGAACAGGCGAAAUCUGCCUGGAGACAGACAGAAAGCUCUGGAAAUUAUGAUUCCCUUAGUAGAACAGGAAGACCAAGUAGCUUCAGAUAUGUACUGCCUGGUUGGUCGAAUUUACAAGGACAUGUUUUUGGAAUCUGGGUUCAUAGAUAUAGAAAGCAGGGACAAAGGGACGUUCUG